UGUUGUCAUACACACCAUAGAUACGCGCGCGCUCUCACCUCCAUCACGGGUAAGCGCGUGAAGUUGUCAGAUUUUACGGAAUAUUACCGAAAUAUCAGCUUGUUUGCGCUGUGAUGGAUAUCAUUGCAAUCAGCUGAAUGUGUAACCCGUGUAUAAUUUCAGAGGACAAUAUUUUGUGUGUGAGGUGCACCCAAUGAUCUGUAUGAUAUCAACAUUCACAUUGAGAUGACCAAGGAGAACUAAAAGACACCCUGGCGCCGCCUCAAGGUUUCUAUUUCUCUGUCUCCUGCCUCCGCUCCUCAAUGGGUUCCCGAAGUCAGGGGUUCUUCCACCACCAAGAUCACCAUCCCCAUCAUCAUCACCACCACCACCACCGCAGUUCAGUGGUGCCCACAGCCAUCCCCCGACUGCUGCCCGAGACCAGCAGCCUGUUGGGGGGCAUCGCCCAGAUCACUCCUUCCCUGUUCCUUAGCCGGGGGAAUGUGGCGUCCAAUCGCAGCCUCCUCCUGUCCAAAGGGAUAACCUGUGUGGUGAACGCCACCAUCGAGCUGCCCAACUUCAACUGGCCACACAUGGAGUAUGUGAAAGUGCCACUGGCUGAUAUGCCUCAUUCUCCAAUCUCACUUUAUUUUGACAGCGUGGCUGAUAAGAUCCACAGCGUGGGCCGGAAACGGGGAGCCGUGCUGGUGCACUGCGCAGCUGGGGUGAGCCGUUCCGCCUCACUCUGUUUGGCCUACCUCAUGAAGUACCACAGGGUUUCCCUGGCUGAGGCUCAUGCUUGGGUCAAAUCCCUCCGACCCAUCAUUCGUCCUAAUGGAGGGUUCUGGCGACAGCUUAUUGAGUACGAGAGAAAACUGUUUGGCAGGAACUCUGUGAAAAUGAUCCAGACACCAUACGGGGUCAUUCCCGACGUGUACGAGAGAGACCGCAGGAACUUGGCACCUUACUGGGGCUUGUAAAGAGGGGUUUGGACUUUGGUUCAAGCGCCAAGCGAUUUUCGACUCCACUGUCUUCCGGCCUCUGUUCGUACGUCCACAAGUCCCUCCUGCGAGAGAAUAAAGCCAGAUGGGAGUGCUUAUGUCCAUUUUUAAAAUGGAAAAAGUCACUUUAAAUGCAUAUUUUAUGAGGUCAAAAGUGAUUAAAAAAAAAGUGCUGAAAUAAAUUUUGGCGAUGAUAAUGUUGGUUUUAGGCGCACAUUGGGAACCAAGUGUGGUGCUGAGAAUGAGGAAUUCAGUCCUUGGUUAAGACUUAUCAAUCGUAAUAUUGUGAGGAUGUUGUUUCAGUUCGGCUGUCUUCUUUGUUGAGAGGCAACAGUAUGUUUUGAUUACUGGUAGCAUUUGAAAAUAAU